AUGGGACAAUCACAGACUAGAUCUAGAUCACAGUGCAGGUCUAAAAAAGAAGAAAUUACAGUGAAUUUCCUGAACCGUGAUGGGGAGACAUUUACUGUUAAAGCCAAAGUUGGAGAGACGCUACUAGACACUGUGAUAGACAAUGAUGUUGAUAUAGAUGGGUUUGGAGCUUGUGAAGGUACAUUGGCUUGUUCUACAUGUCAUCUUGUAUUUGAUGAGGAUAUAUAUGAGAGUUUACCAGAGAAACUAGAUGAGGAAGAAGACAUGUUAGACUUGGCUUAUGGACUAGAAGAUACAUCAAGACUGGGAUGUCAAAUAUGUCUGACCAAGGAGAUGGAUAAUAUGAUUGCUAGAGUACCAGAGGGCAUCAAUGAUGCUAGGGAUGUAUGAUAGGUACUCAAAUAAUUCUUCUCAGCUUAGGAAUACUUUAUGUUGAAGAAAUCACCAUCAAUUCUCUACUUGAGAGUGAGCAUAUAUGUGUCUCAUAUGACCCCAAAUACUUGUAUUCAUAGAUCUUUUCAACAUGGAGGGUCACACUUUAUGCAUUUGAGAACAAUCAGUUUUAAAGUGAUGGAGGAGCUUCUUAAAUAAUCUUGUUUCUCCAUUUUUAAAGAAUACUUCCACUCGUAUAUCAUGACAUGUGAAUGAGCAGUUGGUGAAUAAGAGAAUAAUGAUUAGACAACUCUGUUAAGCAUGUAUCCAGUAUACUGGAUUUCAUAAUUUGGUAUUUAUAAAUGAUCUAUAGAUAUAUCUGUCCAUGCACUGAUUGUAAGUAUGAGAUAUUGCUUAUUUUGGAUAACAAUGUAUGGAUAUGGAUUUUGUAUUUGGAGACUUAUACAUGUAGUGUAGUUGUACUGUAUUAUGUAUAUCAAAAAAAUGUUAAUUCUGACACAAGAGUAAACAAAACAAAAAAAAGGGAGGGGAAGUGGAAUAAUUUCCCCUUUUAAAGCUAUUGUGCCUUAAUGUAAUUGAUACAUCAGUUACACCGCCAAACAUACUUCAGAUCGGCUCUAAACAGACCUACAGUUCUUGCAAUAGAGGGAAUGUAAUACUUUUGUUUGGUCUGGUGUUGAUCUUCUUGUAGGUGUGGUUAGGUAUUUAUAAAAGCAAACAUAUUAGAAAACCUACUGUAUCAUGUGAAAAGAAAAAGUGAAUAAAAUGUGAUUGAUAAAUGCUAUGUGUGUAGAGAUUGUUACAUGUAAUUUAAAAAAAAAGUUAAAUUGCAAUCAUAACUUCAUUGUUGUUGCUGUUAUUGGAAUUAUCAACAUUAUAUCAUACUACUACAUGUAUAAUGGUUCUAGGACAAUCACCCCUGGACGAUCAACUCCCGGCCAAUUACCAGUGGGACAAUUACACCCCCCCCCCCCCCAAGGAUAAUUACCCCCUGGAAAAUUGUGCUGGAUUUGUAUGUUUUUUCCGACAAAAUAUUUUGUUUUUAUAUUAUACUUUUUAAAGGUUACCCAAGUGCCUCCGGGGCACCCAAUGCUGGAAAGAAACGCACUUUUUAGAAAACUGCACUUUUUCAUGAAAAAUUGUAAUUUGUUCUAGGCACGCAAGUCGGAUUGAGCAGAUGAUACAACGUUUGUUUACAAUAUACCCCUAACAAGAAAAAAAAAAUCUGCUUUUAUUAAAACCAACUUAUUAUCAGGGUGGACUUCCUUUAAUGAACAGGGGGGUAAUUGCCUCCAGAAAAGAAAAAAUGUGUAGAUGCCCCCCAAGGGGGCUUGGGGCAGCAUCCCCAAAGUGCCCCUAUAUGGCAAUAACUAGACUUUUUUUUAAACAAACUUUUUCUUUAGAUUUUGACUUAGGGUUAUAGGAAGAAUUACUCAGACUGAUAUUUUUCUAAAGGGCUACUGACUCCUCCAGGGGGAGGGCUAAUUCCCCUUGGUUUACAUUUUGACUGCUUCUCAAAAGUGCAAGGCCGGAUUUUAACCAAACUUGGUAGGGAUCAUCCAUUAGCAAGGGAGAUCAAAAUGGGGUAGUGGCCUGAGGACAGCCCCUACCCCGAAAGUUUGACAUUUUCUUUUUCUUCUUGAAAACCUAUUGCUGGAUUCUAACCAAAAUGUGUAGGAAAUAGCUGCAAGAAAGGGAGAUCUAUUUCUUUCUUCAAAAGAGGAAUAUGCCCUUAAGGAGGCUUGGAGGCAGGCUUCAAUAUCUACCAUCCAAUUUUCCAAACAGCGAUGCUAGCACUGGAAACUUCAAAAUGCGCGCUCGUGCAAAUCUUGAAAACUGUCUAAAUUUUUACAUUUGUUAUUGUUCCAUUAGAAUCAAGGAUAUCUCUUCAAAAUGCCUGGUUAAGCUCAUUUUUUUAUUUCAUAUUCUGAUAGAUCAUUGCGUGUAGAUAUGAUUUCAUACUAAAAUGUUUUCUCAUGAAUUUUGGUUGAACAUUUUAGGAAUCAUUUUUAUGUGAAGAAGACCUAAUUUAGUUUUAAUGGGAUACCUGCCCUUGCAGGGUACUCGGGAACAGCACCCCUAGAUUGCCCUAUACUGGUACAAUAAAUCCUAUGUUCCUAGUGCAAAGGGGAUGGGAGCUAGGCCCCUUAUUGCGAGGCCCUUACUUUCAUCGGCUCAGGUGAGCGUAAGGUCCGCGGGCCUUUUUUUUUCUUCUUUCUUUGGGUUUGAUAGAGACUGAACAGUAAUUGUGCAUGUAAAGAAUCGAUAUAAGAAAGAAAUACAAUGUUCUUCUUUAGGGAACGGAUGAAUUUACGAUUAUAUAUCCUUUUUUAUAAUUGUAUUUGAUUUAAUAUACGUGUAUCUAUUCAAUAUUUUGUAUCUGUUCUUUUUUAAGAAAACUGAGCAUUUUAAGUUUUUAACUAUUAAUAUUUCUAACGUAAUCCUCCCCUUAUGAACUUUUCUCUCAAAUAUAUUAAUCUAUACAGUUAAACUUUAGAAGUAUGGAUAAUAUCGUCGAUAAUAUCUGAGAGAGAGGGAGAGAGAGAGAGAGAGAGGGAGAGAUGUUGAAGUUGCCAUGUAGUUGCGUAGUUGAUUCGUUCGUCAUGAUUACUCUUGUUUUUAGCAUUUCAACAUUCACAUUCAUUCUAUGACUGAUUAAAUCCCUUUGGUAAUAAAUGCUUACAACUGUAUGCUUCUAGCAUAAA